AUGAACAACACGUGUGUAUCACCGUAUCAGCCCCAUGCGCCCCUGUUGCAGCCGUUCUGGGACUACAUACUUCGCCAUGAAGAGUUGCUCUUAUCUCCUUACCUUCCCGCCGGCGUCGCUUUCCUUGGUCAUGUAUUCAUGUGCGCACCUUUCCUGCUGAUGGACGUUAUGGGGAGCCGCUGGACAUCAAUACAUCGUUACAAGAUCUCCGACAGCAGGGAGGAGACUGUCUGUCUGCGUCUUUGGCUGAGCUCUUUCCUAAGGAUAUUUUGGAAAUACGCGGUCUAUGUAUUUCCAGCGACGGCGGUUCUGCAGCGACUUCGCACUCCGGAGAUGCCCACCAUGGCACCAACCUGCUGGCAAGUGUUCUGGCAGAUAUCGUCGUGUUUAUUUCUGUUCGACGCUCUGUUCUACUUCUGGCACGACGCAAUGCAUAGGGUGCCUUGGCUGUACUUCCAAGUCCACCGGGCACAUCACCGGAACACGGCCGUAUUCGCGAUGAUAGCCCAGGACUCAAGCGCGUCGGAGCUGCUGUCACUCCAAACGAUCGCUAUCUGUUGCGCGGUGCUGGUCGGCUGCCAUCCGCUAAGCGAGAUCAUCUUCCAUCUGCUCAACAUGUGGAUGGCCGUGGAGGACCACUGCGGAUACGACCUGCCCUGGGCGCUCCACCGGAUCGUGCCCUUCUUCGGAGGGGCUCCGUUCCACCAACUACACCACCGGAGAUUCCGUGGAAACUACGCUCCUUACUUCACGCAUUGGGACCGGUUGUUCGGCACCUACUUGGAGGAGGAGGAAACGCCGUGAAACAUCAGGAAUCAAUUCAAUCAAUUCAAUUUUAUUUGUAUAGUGUGCUCUCGCAGCAGACUGUCCAGAAGACGCUUUACAGAGUAACAGAAGGGAAAAAAAUUGCACGAGAUCAUAAGACAACUCCCUAGAGUGGAGAAAAGCCCUCAAACAGUCGUGAGAAAAAAGAUCCCUAGUGGGAAGAAAUCUUGACAGGAACCCGACUAUAAUAGUAAUGAUUGGUUGCGGCCACGAGAUUGCAGACAUACAGUAGGGUUGUUUUGCACUUAUGAAAAUACACAAUAAAUGAUGGUACAGAUCGCGCUUAUUCAUCUUCACACCUCAAACUCAACCAAGUUGGGGUGACACAGUGUAUAAUUAUUAUUUCAUGUUAUGUUGUAUAAAAACGGUUUUAUAGAUUUAAACCAUUGUCAGAUUAAUCUAUAAAGCCCAAGUCUUUAUCUUUGUUGUAUUCUUAGCACUUCAAACUGUAUUUCCUUCUCGGGUCCUUCAGCUCACUUGUCCCUGGUUAUGGGUAUUCACUUUGCAUAAGGAUUUGAAGGAGUUUUUUUAAUUAUGCUUUGUUAUGCUUUAUAAUAUAAGUUAUGUUAUGUACGUCGCUCUGGAUAAGAGCGUCUGCCAAAUGCCAAUAAUGUAAUGUAAUGUAAUGUUUCUUAUGCUACAAUUUAUUCCGUCCAGGAGGGGGCGCUUAGACGACGUAGAACAAUUCCACCUGCAAUGGGCAGGGGGACUCAACAGCCGUGCAGAUUUAUCAUGCCUUUGUUUUUGUCUGAUCUGUCUACCUUGUGACCAGUGGCCACCCCCAGCCCAGUGUCACACACCUACUAAAGCAGCUGUGUACUCAUUCCUGAGCCUCUUCUAUGCUGUGCAAGAGCUGUGCACUUGAUUUGUGCAGUUGUGAUUAUUAUAGUGUGUGAUAAGAGAGUUAGAAACUACAUUAGA